CCGCGGUUUGUCUGAAGUUCACACGUGGUCGCUGAGGUGAGGUCCGAACCAGGUCCUGUGGCCGAAAGGCUGCUGGAAGCCGAGCUAAGGUUAACUAUCUAACGGUGGUGGUGUGACCUAGGGGUAGAGUGGUCGUCCUCCAAUAAGAAGGUUUUCAGCUUGAAUUGAGCGAGAUGGCUGACGGUUGGGACAACCCCGGGACGUCCUUGCCUGCCUCCAGCUCCCCAGUGUCGUCUCCCAGCUGCAAAUCCACCCAAACAUGGCCGCCAGUUGAAUCUCCCCUGCGCCCUCUCUGGUUGAGAGACCCAAUGGAGCAGGAGGAUGCUUCUGGGCACCAUCGAGUUGAAGUGCAGACGAGGGAGCGUCCUUCCUCUUGUGUCUCUGAGGAACCCUUUUGCCCCAGCCAGGGUGCGGUCCCUGUGGCCCCUCUGGCCGGUGCCAUCAUGGCCUCCUCCUGGCCGCAGGUCGACGUGGUGAAACAAGGCUACCUGGGGAAGCUGGAGCGAAACCGCAGGCGAUAUUUUGUCCUGAGAGCUGGAAGCGACACAGGGCCGAGUCGACUCGAGUGGUACAAGAGCCGGGAGAAGUUCACAGCCGGGAGGAAGUCUGCCGGCAAAGCUGCCCUGUUCGGAUUGAGCAAGCAAGGGGUGAUUUACCUGAGGUGCUGUCUCGGCGUGAGUCGCAUCGGCAGUUCCAAGAAAGGACACAUGGUGGCGCUGUAUGCAAAGGAUCAGACCAUGGUGCUAGUUGUGGAGGACCAGCAGGAACAAGAAGAAUGGUAUGUUGCCAUUAAGAAGCUGAUUGAGGGAGAACAGAAGGACGAAGAGCACGGAGGGGGGAUCGAUGAAGACGAUGAUGGGUACUUCAGUCUGCCCCCUGCUGCCUUUUUCAAAGAGGUCUGGCCCGUCUCAGUGAAGCCCAGAGGUCUGGGUCGUUCAUUGUCCCUCGGUGGGGAGAUGCGGCUCUGCCUCACAGCGACUUCGCUCAUCCUGGUCAAACUGGGCGCAAACAGCCAUUUGCCGACGGUGACAAUACCUCUGCUGAGCGUUCGGCGCUUCGGCCACCUGGACGGCUCGUUCUACUUGGAGCUCGGCAGGUCGGCACCUGGCGGCCCGGGAGAAAUCUGGAUGGAGGCAGGAGACCAAGGGAACCCAGGAACUGCCCAGCACAUUCACGAGUUGGUUCGGGAGACAGUCCACGCUCUGCGAGCUCUCCCAGACUUCAGCCAGUCGCCGACAUCCAACCAGCAUCAAGCACUUCUGCUCUCAAAUCGCAGCAGAUAUAAAUACAGAGACAAGGCGAUGAACAUGAGGCCUCUGACGCUAGCUCUCAGAAACACUGACAUGCACACGAGUCCCACGCGGUCUUACAUCGAGCCCGGCAAACCAAACGCCACCAAGCCUGAGUCCACUCUGAGCCUGGCCUCACUUCUCAGCCCUGUCGGGUCCCAGCGGAGCUCCGUGCCUGAGACCGGCAGCUACAUGGAGAUGAAGACCCGCAGGUUGGAGAGCUGGGAGCUUGAAGAAGAGGAGGAGGAGAAAGACAAAGGGCCGGACUACAUGAUGAUGUCUCCACAGGUCAGCCGCAGCUCAUAUGUGUUUGACCAGGAUGAUUAUGUGUCAUUGGAAAGUCCACAUAAAGACAACAGGCCUCCAGACUCGUCCCCGUCCUCUGGACUCUGCACAUCUUUCUCCAGCUCCACCUCUGACGACUACUCUCCCAUGCGUCCAUCACGUCCUCAGACCAAUGAGCUCACUCAGAAAACAGACGCCGGCCAAUCACAGAUGAGCAUCAGCUUCUCCACUCGACCGGCGGGUGAGCAGCAGAGAGCACCUCAGCGCAGACGCCACCCGGCACAGACCGGGGCCACCUCCUCUUCCUCUCUUCUGCGGAGCGUUGACCGGCCUCACUCGAUGAAGAGUCCAGUGCAGGCCAGUCCAAACUCUGACCUGGGCCAGUCCAGUCCAUUCCAAGCUGCUCCAGACCAGUCUGCUUUCAGAAGAUACCGGCUGUCGUCCUGUCUGAUGUCUUGCUUGCAGUCCGAGGACAGAUCCUGAGUUGUCAUUCAAUAUUUUGCCCAUGUUGCUGUUGCUCUUCCUUUGGGAUCAUGUGUCUUAACACUGAAGAAAAAAAAAAAGAGUUGUUUCUGUAAAUCACUGAAGUUUCCUAGGUGUCUGUGAACGCACCGUGUUUGUGAUUUUGUAUUCGUUGAUUGGAUUUGAAGAAUCGGUUAAAUACAACCGGAAUGUUGGGCCUGAACCUCACAGCACUGGAGGAUGUUACACUGUUAUUGGAUGUUAAUGGAAAAAAAGAAUAAAUUCAUGAGAAUAUUCUGUCUUUUUGAGCCUUUUAUACUUGAUAGCUCAGUGGAAGACUGGAUGUUCUACUGUAAGAUGAAGUCCCAGUCAGGAUACUUCUAGUGGGUUUUCGCUCUCUGUUGAAUAAAUGAGAGGUCAGAAGCUUAAAUAUUCUUAUGCAUAAUAACAAGAAAUUGUGCUUUUACUGUGAUAUUAAAU